AUGAAGGUGGUUUUAAUACUGCCGAUUUUAGUGAUCCUCUGUUCGGGAAAUAUAAUCAGGCAAAAUGAUGAAAGGAAAUUGGAGUGGUGGGAAACGAGCAUAAUUUACCAAAUCUAUCCAAGAUCGUUUGUGGACAGCGAUGGCGAUGGGGUAGGAGAUCUAAAAGGCAUAACUUCAAAGUUGGAAUACAUCAAAGAAAUUGGUGCUGGCGCAAUAUGGCUUUCUCCUAUAUUUCAAUCUCCUAUGUAUGAUUUCGGAUACGAUAUUGCUGAUUUUUACGCGAUCCAUGAUGAAUAUGGAACAAUGGAAGACUUUGAAGAGCUUCUUGGAAAAGCUAAAGAACUCGAUAUCAAAGUUGUGCUAGAUCUUGUGCCCAAUCACACAUCAAAUGAAAGCGUAUGGUUUCAAGAAGCUCUUAAGGGUAAUGAAAAGUACCUAAAUUACUUCGUUUGGGAAGAUGGGGUUAUAGAUGAAGAAGGCAAUAUGCAACCACCAAAUAAUUGGCUCAGUCAUUUCCGAGGAAGUGCUUGGGAGUACAGAGAAGAAGUUGGCAAAUACUAUCUGCAUCAAUUCGUUGUCGGUCAGCCUGAUUUGAACUAUCGUAAUCCUGAUGUUUUGAAUGAAAUGAAAGAUAUAAUUAGCUUUUGGCUUGAAAAAGGCGUCGCAGGCUUUAGAGUUGAUGCUGUUAACUGUCUGUUCGAAGUUGAUAAAAAUCUUUUUGGUGGCAAAUAUCCAGAUGAACCACCUUCUGGAAGAACUGAUGUUGAUGCUGGAUCAUUUGAUUCUUUAGCGCAUAUUUAUACAAAAGAUCAAAAUGAGACUUAUUAUGUGGUAUAUGAUUGGAGAGAUGUCUGUGAUGAAUAUGCUAAAAAGGAUGGUCUAACUAGAGUUAUGAUGACUGAAGUAUAUGCGACUAUACAAAACGUGGUAAAGUAUUUUGGUGAAGGUGACAGGAAUGGUGCCCAGAUGCCGUUUAAUUUUGAUUUGAUUACGGACGUCGAUGCUUCGUCUAGUGCAGCUGAUAUAAAGAGAGCAGUUGAUAAGUUUUUAACUUACAAGCCCCUUGACAAAGAUGCUAAUUGGGUGGUCGGUAAUCACGAUAACAGCAGAAUGGCUACUCGUUAUGGUCCUUCUCUAGUUGACGGGAUUAAUAUGGUUGUUUUAUUACUUCCUGGCGUUGGAGUUACAUAUAUGGGCGAGGAACUAGGAAUGGUCGACGGUUAUGUAAGCUGGGAAGAUACUGUUGAUCUAUCUGGGUGUAACACAAAUGAUCCUGUUAAUUAUGUAACUGCAUCAAGAGAUCCCGAACGUACACCGUUCCAGUGGAAUUCAGAAAAGAAUGCUGGUUUUUCCACUGCUGAUAAAACCUGGUUGCCAGUCGCUGAGGGUUAUGAGACAUUAAACGUAGAAGUUCAGAGAGCAGCAAAUAGGUCUCACUUGAAAGUUUACCAGGCCUUGGCUGACCUUCGACAAGAUAAUGUGUUUAGAUAUGGAAGAUACGACUCCUUAGCAAUUAAUGAAGAUGUGUUUGUUUUUAGAAGAUGGUAUAACGGAGAAACCUAUUUAGUAUUGAUUAAUAUGCGAGAUGUGGAAUAUGUCGUGGAUUUAACAUAUUUCGAGAAUGUCAGCGGUAAAGCCCGCGUGGUUGUGAGAAGCAUUCAAUCUCCUAAGGAUGAAGGUGAGGCGUUUGAGGUAUCGGAACUUCCUGUGGCAGGAUACGAAGGCGUUGUUUUAAAAUUAUUG